UUACAAAACAAAGGAUAGUAAAAAGUGACGCAACACACAGUACGCCGCCGUUGCCAAGGAUGAAUCACCAGCCACACACACACACACACGUAAACAGACAGACAGCGAACGUUCGGGGCGAGGGGUGGACGGGACGGCAGAACUUCUCUUCCGCCGUCGAGUCAUGCGGGGUCUGUGGGCCUACACAGUCUGGCUGCAGGAAAGGAGGAGGGUAACAAGUCAGCUGAUGUUGUGCAAUCGCUUGUCAGCUUCCUUGGCUACCCGAGGUGCUGGGGCUCAAGUGGUUAAUAGUGAUGUGGUCCAAACACAAGAGGGUUUUACCAGACACAAUGCUGAUUCAAAAAACAAGUCUUUCAUGUACACCAUUGCGGGGUUUGGAGCCGGCAUUAUUAUCAGUGCAAUACUGAAGGCUCACUAUGAUGAAUGGACAAAAAGCAAGAAGCCUCUCUUCCACAUCCUGCCUUCCAUCAGUGCUGCAAGUCCUUUCUCCGUCAACCCAGCACUGGAUGUCAAUAACAAUGAAACCCAGCCUGCCACAACCCUCAGCAAGAGGAUCAGCCACAACUUCAUUGCUGACGCAGUUGAAAAAGCAUCAGACAAAGUCGUGUACAUAGACAUUAGGGAUCAUCGAAGGAGUCCCAUCAUGAGGGGUGGUGCACAGUCACUCUCCAAUGGGUCAGGCUUCAUCGUGUCAGAGGACGGCUUGAUCCUCACAAACGCUCAUGUUGUGACGAACAGACCGAGGUCCAGCACCAUCAUGGUGCGGCUGCAUGAUGGCUCGGAGUGCGAAGGCGUCGUUGAGGACAUCGACGCCAUCUCAGACUUGGCUCUCAUCCGAGUAAAGCGGUCCAAACUCAGCCCAGCACCACUAGGCAAGUCAAGUGACCUGAGGCCGGGGGAGUUUGUAGCAGCUCUUGGCUCCCCAUUGUCCCUGUGUAACACUGUGACAGCAGGGGUGGUGUCCUCCGUAGGGCGGGCCAGCAAGGAGCUAGGGCUGCGGGGGAGAGACAUCCAUUACAUCCAGACUGAUGCUGCAAUUACUUUUGGUAACUCAGGCGGACCACUCAUCAACAUGGACGGAGAGGUGAUUGGCAUAAACUCAAUGACAGUCACCUCAGGUAUCUCAUUUGCCAUCCCCAUCGACUACGCCAAAGACUUCAUCGCUAGGGCAGAAAAGAAGAGAGCUGAACUAGCCAAGUAUCCUGAGCCCCAAGGACCUGACCGCCGCCGCUACCUGGGAAUCACCAUGCUCACCCUCACUCCGUCCAUCAUUCAAGAGCUCCAGUCACGAGGGAGUGUGCCCCAACACAUACCCCCAGAUCUUGCUCAUGGCAUACUGAUUUGGAAGAUCGUGGUGGGCUCGCCUGCGUACCAGGCAGGGCUGCAGCCGGGAGACAUCAUCACGCACAUCAAUAACCAUGAAGUACAGUCAUCUCGGGCUGUGUACAAGUUUCUGGAGGGGAGAGGGGAGCUAAACAUGACUGUCCUUCGUAAUGGUCAGCGGUAUUUUGUCAGUGUGGUCCCCGAAGAGUGAUGGUUGAGGUGUUCAAUAUUAAUCACUUAAGGACACACACACACACACACACACACACAAGCACACAUUUAAUUACUUACUGAAUUGUCAUCUCCCUCAUCAUUAACACACACACAAGACUGAAUUAGAUCUCAGUUCUGAUAAAUUGAGUUUUUGUGAUACUUGAGUACUUCCAUCAAGCAAAGUUGUGACAUUUCUUAAGAAUGCAUAGUAUUAGUAUUUCUCAAUUUUUAAUAGAAAUGUAUUUAAGGUUACAAAGUGACCAGUAUUGUGAUAUGAAAUGCAGAGUUUGUAA